AAGAUGGAGUUCCACAACACAUACAUACAAUACAACGAUACACACCCUACAUAACACAAAAUCAUACACAAAAAUGAGUUCCUCUGCUCAACAGAAGAACACAGGUGGAGGUCAUCAUGAGGAUAUCGACCCAAACGAUCCAUACAUCCAAGAGAUUGCAAAAUGGGCUGUUGAUGAGCAUAACAGCCAAAAGGGGACACACCUGGUGUAUAAGAAGACUUUGAAAGCAGCACGAGAAUGCAUAACUGGUAGCACGAGGUACUUUAUUGAACUUGAGGCAUCUGAAGGUUGCAAGACUAACAAGUAUUAUGCGCAAGUUCUUGAACUAGUCUGUCAAACCCCUAUUAGGAAGCUUGAAGUGUUCGAGCCUCGGAUAAAUGCACCCAUUGCGGUUGCAAACUAAUCUUCAACAAUAAAUAUGCCAAGCCAUUUUUGGUGUGCUUAUAUAAGCUGCAUCAAAAUAUAUUUCAAGUUUUAUAUUACUACGUAUGUAUUAUGUACUAGUGCAAUAAACAAGUCUUGGAUGACUUGAUUUGUGUACUAGUACUACUGUCUAAUACUAUUAUUAACUAAAUAAAAUUACUGUUAGUGGUUGGAUCUUAACUUGAUCUA